AUGAAAACACCACAAACACGACGUGACGCAGUUUUCUCGUCUCUGACAUCACGACUGCUACGAUGCCGACUCUCCCGCUUGGUAAACUUGACUCAGCGGGGGCAGUUCUGGGGAUGGACCUCCUCCUCCACACUCUCUGACCUCCUCCUCUCACACUCUCUGACCUCCUCCUCACACUCUCUGACCUCCCUCCUCCACACUCAGGGGACCUCCUUCUCCACACUCAGGGACCUCCUUCUCCACACUCAGGACCUCCUUCUCCACAACGACCAUCCUCCUCCACACUCUCUGACCUCCUCCUCCACACCUGCUCUGACCUCCUCCUCCACUCUCAGACCUCCUUUCUCCACACUCAGGGACCUCCUUCUCCACACGCAGGGACCACCUCUCCACACUCAACAGGACCUCCUUCUCCACACUCAGGGGACCCGCCACAUCCUUCUCCACACUCAGGGACGACAUCCUCCUCCACACUCAGGGACCUCCUUCUCCACAACUCAGGAACGACCUCCUCCUCCACACCAGGACGACCUCCUCCACACUCCGGGACCACCUUCCACACUCAGGACCUCCUUCUCCAACACUCAGGGACGACCUCCUCCACACUCAGGGACCUCCUCUCCACACUCAGGGGACCUCCUUCUCCACACUCAGGACGUCCUUCUCCACACCCAGGAACCCUCCUUCUCCACACUCAGGCCCUCCUUCUCAACACUCAGGACCUCUCGCCACAACGUCAGGGAACCAUCCUCCUCCACACUCAGGACCACCAUCUCCACACCUCAGGACCUCCUUCCCUACACUCAGGACCUCCUUCUCCACACUCAGGGCCCUCCUUCUCCACACUCAGGGACAUCCUUCUCCACACUCAAGGACAUCCUUGCUCCACACUCAGGACAUCUUCGCCACUCUCAGGGACAUCCUUCACCACUAACUCAGGGACAUCCUUCUCCACACUCAGACAUCCUUCUCGCACACUCCGGGACCAUCCUUCUCCAAACUCAGACAAUCCGUCUCCACACGUCAGGGACAAUCCUUCUCCACACACAGGGACAUCCUUCUCACACACCUCAGGACAUCCUUCUCCCAACUCCAGGACACUCCUUCUUCCACACCAGGGACAUCCUUCUCCACAACUCAGGGGACAUCCUUCUCCACACUCAGGGACUUCCUUCUCCAACCCUCAGGACGAAAUCCUCUCCACACUCAGGGACAUCCUUUCUCCACACUCAGACCUUCCUUCUCCACACUCAGGACCUCCUUCUCCACACUCAGGGAACCCUCCUUCUCCCACUCAGGGACCUCCUUCUCCACACUCAGGGAACCUCCUUCUCCUCACUCAGGGACCUUCCUUCUCCACACUCAGGGACCUCCUUCUCCACACUCAGGGACACUACUAACAAGAGUGACCUCCGUCUCGCACACUCAGGAUACAUCCUUCCUCCACACUCCAGGGACAUCCUCUCCACACUCACUGGGACCUCCCCCACACACGCAGCGGGAACCUCCUCUCCACACUCAGGGACAUCCUCCCACACGCAGUAUGCUUUGUAUAAGGCACUGGAAAUUCCGCAUGACUUUUGCAAAGAACCAUCAGAAGGUGGUUUGCACAACUUCUGGAUAAAGUCCCUGUGGAGAGCUCCAGGAGGAUCAGUGUUCAUGCCAGCUGCCCAGGAACAAGGAGCCACACAAGAGCCUGCCACACUUGCUGCCUGA